CAUGAGUUAUAUUUUCGAAAUCGACAAGGAGGAGAAAUGCUUAUUGCAAAAGCAAAGAAAACCAGACAGGGAGAACUUGUUAUGUUUUGCAAAUGAAAAUGUAGCCACCUCUAGCAUUCAGCACGAACCCUAAACAUAAAAAGAAAGAUGAUGAAGGGUGAUAUAUUAGAAGCCUUUCCUUACUACAAUAACAAGAAUGGAACAAGUAACGGGUUGCAGAUACGUAAAUUAGUUUUCUGUUAUGUGUUAUUGGCAUUUGCUGCAACUUUAUUUUUCACCGUCUUGAUUCUUUAUUCUCCAAAUCCUUUUAGUAACUUCAUACUUAAGAAGAAAGCUACGACUCUUUCGCACCAGAGCCCUUUAAAGAUCGAUCCUGCCACCACCAUGAACCCCAAAAAUGAGAGUAAUGAUGAGAAGAAGAUCAAGUGCGACUUGUUUGAUGGAAAAUGGAUACCGGACCCCAACGGGUCACUGUAUACGAACUGGAGUUGUCGGCUGAUACCAGAUUCAAGGAAUUGCCUAAAAUUUGGAAGGGAAAAUGCUGAUUUUAUAAACUGGAGAUGGAUGCCAAAUGAAUGUGAGCUUCCAAGAUUCAAUGCUAAUAUGUUCCUACCGAUCGUUCGAGGCAAAAAGUUAGCGUUUAUUGGCGAUUCCCUAGCUAGGAACCAGAUGGACUCGCUUCUUUGUCUAUUAUCUCAAGUUGAAACUCCAAAGGAUGUACACACAGACGAUUCAGAUCAUUAUCGAACAUUUUACUUUCCGUCUCAUGAUUUCACUCUCAUGGCCUACUGGACACAACACUUGUUUUCUUCAGCAGUGAAAAUAGUAAAUGGUUCAGAGACUGCAAUGUUUGAUAUACACCUCGACAGGAUCGACAAUAACUGGGGUCAGAAAUUACCUAUUCUAGAUCAUGCUGUCAUUUCAAUAGGCCACUGGUUUAACCGGAAAAAUUACUUAUACGAAGGUGGCAAAGUAGUAGGCUGUAUAUACUGCGACGAACCAGAUGUGCCUAAUUUAGGACUUGCGGAUGUUGUAGGAAAAGCCAUGGGUAAAGCACUUGAAUACAUCAAUGAUUGUAAGGAGUGCAAGGCGUUGUUUACUUUGGUACGGACAUUUUCGCCUACACAUUUCGAGUACGGGUCUUGGAAUGAUGGAGGGAAAUGUAAUAGAACAAGUCCUUCGACUGAAAAGCAAGCUGAUUAUGAUUUUCUAAUGGAAGUAAGGAAUUUCCAGGUGAAAGAAUUUGAGAAGAUUAAGAAGAGAACAAGAGAUGGAAAGAGAUUUGAGAUUUUGGAUAUAACUAAGGCCAUGUUGAUGAGAGCUGAUGGACAUCCAGGAACCAAUUCGCAUGACCCAAGUUAUAGAGAUUGUAUGCACUGGUGUCUGCCUGGACCUGUCGACGUAUGGAAUGCAUUAUUGAUGGCUGUGCUGCAGUCGAAUGAGUUUAACUUUUGAUGCUUUGGUCUAAUGAAAUUUUUUCAUUCUUGGCAAAUUAGUGUUAUCCAAUUUUCAUAUUCUUUUCAUAUUCCUUGUAUCCUGACAAUGAUAUUUUCAUCGCGGAAAGGGAACACCUUGCUGACAAAACCUUCAUUACCUAUAUAGAUUCUGCAAAAAACGCAAACUGUCUGGAUUGCAGUAUUGAUGGGAAUUAUCCAAAAACAGUUCUUACCCAAAC